AGGCGGCCCUCUGCUCCCGGAAGCGGUUGCUGGGUUGCUCAGAGCCCUGGUAACGAAGUCAUGGCGUCGGAUCAGGUGUUGCCGCCUCUGCCUCAGCAGUUCAAGCUAAUACAGCAUCAUAUGCGUACCGCCCAGGAGCAUGAGAAGCGCGACCCGGUGGUGGCCUACUUCUGUCGUUUAUAUGCUAUGCAGACUGGAAUGAAAAUUGAUAGUAAAACACCAGAAUGUCGCAAGUUCUUGGUGAAACUCAUGGAUCAGCUAGAAAUUAUGAAGAAACAGUUGGGUGAUAAUGAAUCAAUUACUCAAGAUGUGGUGGGGAAUGCCCACAUAGAAAAUUAUGCCUACAAGAUGUUCCUGUAUGCGGAUACUGAAGAUCGUGCUGGAAGAUUUCACAAAAACAUGAUCAAAUCAUUCUACACUGCCAGUCUGUUAUACGACGUCCUUACCGUGUUUGGGGAGCUCACUGAAGAGAACAUUCAACAUAGGAAAUAUGCAAAGUGGAAAGCAGCCUAUAUCCACAACUGCUUGAAAAAUGGUGAAACUCCCAGUUCAGGACCACUGGGGAUGGAAACAGAAUUUGAGAACGAGGACGAUGUCUCUCUUCCACAGUCUUCUGACUCCAAUAAUCUUGUUGCAGACAUGCCAUCAUCUGACCUCUCCAACAUUCAGACUCCAACUGCUGAUCACCCUCCGUCAAACUUCUCUACCAUUCAAAUUCCUCCUGGUGCUCACGCUCCAGCCAAUACUCCAGCUGAAGUGCCCAGCACCUCAGUGUUGCCCAGUACCCCGACAAUACAGCCAGGACCUCAGAACAUACCAAUAAUUGACCCAUCACUGUACAGCAUAGCGUCUCAGGGGGAAAUGCACCUGACCCCCGAAGAUUACGCCAGAGCUCAGAAGUACUGCAAAUAUGCAGGCAGCGCCCUGCAAUAUGAAGAUGUGGGGACGGCCGUAGAGAAUCUUCAGAAGGCCCUCAAGUUGCUCACCACGGGGAGAGAAUGAGACCUCUGGUUCAUAGCACCCAGCUGAAACGUGUCUUCUCCACUGGCCUGACAGCUUACUUGUCUCCAACUCCAAUUUGUGUUUGUAACUAAAGGGGCCUGAUGUGAACGUAAUGUCCCCAAUUCUAAAGACUGUGUUCGCAUUUUCCAAUUCUGAAGGAAGGAGUGGGCUUAGGGCACCAGGUGUGACUAUUAAAUAACUUGGUUUUAAUAUUCUUUUCAGAAAGGAAAGGGCACCUAUACUAAAAAUGCUAAAGAAACAUGCAUUGAGUUCUUCAAUUCUGCUGCUUUUUCAGUGAGGUAACUGCCCUGUAAAUGGAUAUUUUAAUGAUUGUAUUCCACUAUGUAAUACCCAGGUGGCCAAUUGUGCGACAUUCUCCAUAUCUUUGUACAGCAGCUUGUAAACCAAACCCAUACACCCUGUGACAACCGUGCUUAGUCAGAUUCUCAGCCAUAUUUAGUGCAGGAUUGUUUGACUGUGAGGCCAGCCAACUCUGGCUGCUGUCAUCUUUAUUACAAGUACUGGGCGCCCUCCCCCACAAGCUGUGCAAAGUGCCAAUGUGAUCGAGUUGAUCCAAUUGUAGAUUUGUAAGGGAGCAUGAAUGAUAUGCAAUGGCUGUAGAGACAUACCUCAGACAUUGCAUUCACUCGUAACCAAGCUACCUGGAGCCGCAAGGCUGAUACUCCCAAUGUCUCCCUAAGCAUCAACGAAUGUCCAAUCUAAAAUAUCCAUUUAGAGGAAUAAUCUAGCUAAAAUUGUAUAACCAGUUGCCAGAAGAGAUGGUUGGUAUGCAUGGAUGAGUCUUAUUAACAUUAUGUCUUGUGAUAAAUACCGUGUUUGUCUGUUUCUUCUCUGGGAUGAGGUGCGGCAUAUUGCACUAGAUGUGUGCACAUGUGUGGAUGAAACAAGAAUCUAAUAUUACAUUUGUUAAUUAUUUACGUUUAAAUAAACCACUGAAACAUUGUGUCAACACAUUACAACAUUAACAUGUUCUUAAUUUGGCCUUGCCAAAAUAACAGAACAGUACUGAUAAAACAUUGUUUAUUGUUUUGAAGAAUGGCAAGAGAAAUAAAUUGCAUAAUUAGUGAAUCUAUCUUUUCCCCCUGUGGUCAAUAAGAUCUCCAAGGCCUGAUUUGCAAUUGACAUGAAGUAUUCCCACAUGGCACAUUGGGUUACUUGUACUGAUCAAAUGAUGUGAAAUAAAGUGUGUCUGUAUGAUU